CUCGGCUGCAGGGGGAGGGGGGUGGGGGGGCGGCUCAGCGGCGGGUCUGCGGGCCGGGCGGGCCCCAUGGGCGGGUGUGUGGGCUCCCACCACGACUCCUCGGGCAGCCUCAACGAGAACUCGGACGGCACCGGAGUUGCUCUCGGUCGUAAUCAGCCCUUGAAAAAAGAGAAACCGAAAUGGAAAAGUGAUUACCCCAUGACGGACGGACAGCUGCGCAGUAAGAGAGAUGAGUUUUGGGACACAGCACCAGCUUUCGAAGGCCGCAAGGAGAUUUGGGAUGCCCUCAAGGCUGCUGCACAUGCUUUUGAGAGCAAUGAUCAUGAACUGGCUCAAGCAAUCAUUGAUGGUGCAAACAUAACACUACCACAUGGUGCUCUUACAGAGUGUUACGAUGAACUGGGCAACAGGUACCAGCUUCCCGUCUACUGCCUCGCUCCACCCAUCAACAUGAUUGAGGAGAAGGGAGACCUGGAGACUCUGGACAUCCCCGACCCACCGCCCAACUCAGGGCAUGAAUGCCAGCUCCGUUUGCGCCUGUCCACAGGCAAAGACCUCAAACUCAUGGUCCGCAGCAUGGACACGGUGUAUCACAUGAAGAGGCGGCUGCAUGCGGUGGAGGGAGUGGAGCCCAGCAGCCAACGCUGGUUCUUCUCGGGUCGGCCACUUGCAGACAAAAUGAAACUGGAGGAGCUGAAAAUCCCAAAGGACUACGUGGUACAAGUCAUUGUGAGCCAGCCCUUAGCAAAUCCAACCCCGGUGGAAAACUGAUUUCUGCUUGUUUAUCGAUUCUCCUUCUCUCCCUCUCUGUUGUUGGGACUGGUUUUCACUGCCCUGUCUUCUUUCGUUUUGUCCUGCUAAUGGAUUGGUUCCAAGAAUUGACCAGCAAAAAUUCCAUCUGUGAUGGAGAUCUGCAAAAACAAAACAUAAAAAUAUAAACUGGCCUUUGGGGUUUGCCUGAUCUCAUAUUUAACACAGCAGCAAACAGCAGAGGGUGACGGCAAAGAAAGGAGUGGGGAAGGGAAGGAAAAAGGGAGGGCGUGCAAAGAGGGAGGGACAAGGUUGUCUUUCAAUUGAACAAUAAAAGCAUGUAAUGAUCCUUAAAACUGUAGGUGGUGUCCUGAUCCACGGAACGAGAGUAAGAGAGCACUUUUAUUUAAAAGAAAAUUAAAAAUGGAUAUUUCAUAUCAGCACCACCUACAGUUCAAGCAAGACUUGCAGCCGCCCUGCCUAGGUCCUGCUGUGUGUUGUGGGGAUCUUGCUGGCUAACCCAAUGCACAGCUUCGUUCAGGUGCUGCCAAGGCACUGCCAGCCCUGGGCAGAGAGAGGGGCUGGGGCUCAGUCCCUGUCCUCCUGGCAGCUCCUGCUGUGCUCAGCCCACACAGUUGUACAUUCCAAGGUGGCAAUGCAGUCCUGUGCCAUUGCUGGCACCAGCACUGGGGACGCAGUCUGCUGGGGCCUUAGGCAAUAACUUUGUGAAAGUAUACUCCCAUGUACUGUACUGUAAACCUACAAGACUGACUUUGCCUGAAGUUUACUGGUUGACUGGCACCCGGGUAUGUGCCUGCCGCAGUACUGUAUAGCACUCACAGCAUUAAAACAGACUUUGGACAAGCUAGCUAGGAGGAGGGGUGCGCUGGUCUGCAAUUAAGGGUGAGGUGCAUGACUGCUGUCUGGUGGCACCGGUGUGCCUGCUGCAAUAGGUUAAGUGCAGUUACACCCAAAUGCAAUGGAUUGUAGCCUCCCCUGCUCCGUUCUGGAGGGUUCCACGUGGAAAAUGGUAAGAACACAAAAGCACACGAGUUUCAGCUUUUCCUGCGUUGUUUGAUGUCAUUCUCGGUCUGGAGGCAGCCUCACCAACACACAGUGUGGCCGUGGUGUCCAAUCAACAGUACUUUCCCUUCGGAAUGUAUGAGAAGCCCUUGUGGCAAGUGACAAAUCCUUGUUUAGUCUCAAAAAUCUGAAUCUGACGAACAUACCUGGGGGGGAAGAAUCUGAUCAUUGGUUACCUUAGGUAGAGAUGUGCUCUGAUUCUCGGGCUUGCCUGGCAAUGCCUUUGCUUGAGACCAAAUUCGCUGCUCCUUUUAAACUUCAUUUCUCGUUUGCUUGUUUUUUCAGCCAUCAGUGAAAUCACUCCUUCAGCUCUGACAGCUGGCCAGGUUUGAUUUUUUGCACUGAUCUCUGCCUUCCCAUUCUGAAUCUGUGAUCUAAACCUACAGUUAUCUCAGCUCAUAUUCAUCUGCUGGUGAAACUGCUGGGCUAGUAUUGGCCAUUUGAAACCUGAUUAAUUGCGUAGAACUCCAUUUGUCCAGCUCUGAGGUAGUUUCUUGCUCCCCAAGUAUCACUGCAGAGCCAGAAGGACCCCGGUACGACAUGGCGAUUCUUACCCAACAGAAGGAAGCAGAUGCAGGUAAUAGGUGCAGCCAACUCUCACCUCUUGGAAAACAGAUCCACAUCUUACAUGCAUUUCCUCUCUAUCCCAAAUCAGCUUUUAUUUUGAUCCUUGUAUUAUACACUUAGAUUUCCUUACAGCUCCUUAAGUCCCAGUUUUGUGCAGGAUGAUGGAAGCUUAAUGGCAGAGCUGUGCAGAAAAAUCAGUUUCUGGUUCUCAGAAACACCCAAGUGACUUUUUGCUUCUAUGUUGGUUUGUUUUCUUUUUAAAGAUUAAAUCAAGGCUGGUAAAUACUAACCUAGAACACUGGUUUUCUAUUGUGGAGUUUUUUUAUGACAGGUCUGCUUUCUUAUACUGGGGUUUUGCAGCCAAAUCUUUUGCAUUCCAGAGGGGAAAAUAGUUAUUUGGUAUAUAAACAACUCGACUCUCUUUGACUUUUCAGUGGUCAAAGGGUGGUUUUGUGCCAGGAAGGCUCUACUUGUUGUAUAAGGUGCAAUUGUACAUCUCCAUAUGAGUGUUCGCUUCCCUUCAGUCCUUACCGGGAAGGGGAAAUUGUGGCAGGUGAUUAAGAGAGAGUAGAGCUAAAACCAGCGUGAGCUACUUUUCGAAGGAUAUAUUUUGGAGGGGUUUCUUUCUCAUUCAGGCCAUUGUCACCAUGUCCAGCUUCUGAGAUUAGACCACAUAGGAACUAGGAGACUUUGUUCUUCCCUUCUUGCCCCUCUUAGAAUGGCAUCGGUUGCAUUAUGCUGUCCCAGAUGUUCUGUGUUAACUGUUUUUCUGGCAGGUUGCAAAGCGAUGGUCUGAAGGCUGUGCCAUGUGUGAGCUCUGAGCAGAACAGAGGGCUGGUUGGUGAAGGUGCUGUGUUCAUUGACCGCUGUGUUCUCUGACCCACUCUCCUCUCUCCUGACCAUUAAGCAGCCAGAACUGACAGCAGUUCAGUGAUAGAAACGUUUCUACAGGUGGCAGUGAAAUCUUUUCAUUUCUCCUUUAUAGAACAGCCAGAUGUGCUUGUUAGCACAUACCCUGCUGGAAACAAAGUUUACAAGAUUUACAUGCAAAAAGAAUUCCAAGUUGCAAAUACAUAUAUAUAUAUAUAUAAUAAAAAUCAUUAAGGAAAGCAUACAGCAUGUUGAGAAUAACUUAUCCCUUGUAUAUUCCUGAAGGCUGCAGUAUGCAAUGAUAUGCAAUGAGAGAAUGGUCACUUCUGUCUGCAGAAUGCUUUGUCUUUGUGCUCCAGGAUGGUCUGCAGUGCUGAUGCCAGUGUAGGUGACCCAGGUUGGGUUCACAUGGAGCUCAUGAUGGUUCCCAGAGCAGGGCAGAGGGAAGGGCUUGUUCCAGUGCAGAGCAGGGGAGGCAUGGCUGAAGUGAGUCCAACCAAACACUGGGAUGCCAUUCAGCUCACAGCCCCACGGACAAGUGGGACGAGGGCAGGUCUGUGGCUGCUCAUAUGGGGAGGAUGAGAGGAACCUGGCAGCACUGCCCGUGUGUGUAGCACUGUGGGCACACGCUGAGCUCAGUGCUGCUGGCAGCCUGGGCUGUGCCGGGCUGAGUGUGAUGCAGCCACUUUGGUGAUGCACACAGCCACGAACUGCAAUGCCACGUGCACACGAGUGAGGAGAAAUAGGACUAUGGUGUUGUGGGGUUUUUUGUUAAGCCUGUCAGCCCUUUGUGUCAUUCCUGAGUCUGAGUUGAACCAGCAGAUGACAUUUUUUUUGCUCUCUGAUGUUCUUCAGAUUUUUCUACCUUCUCUUGUUGCUUCUCCUUGACCCAAAAGUGACAAACCAGUAAGAGACCGCACUCCUGGGCAGCAGGGAAUGGAAAGGACAGCAGCACUGUCUGCUGGGAGCUGCAGGACAGUGGAUGCUUGCAGCAGGGUGCUCCAGGUCUUCCAUAGCCAACUGGCAGCACUCCUGCAUGGCGCUCUCUCUGCAUUGGCUGCUUGUUCAUAGCUGUGUAUUAGCAUCCUGCACAGAGGACACAGCUGAGAAUAACUGCACUAUGAAUGUUCUUCUUAGUUGUCUGGACGCCUUUAUUUUCCAGAGCUUGGAAGACUUACUGAUGUGAAUCAGCAGUGUAACGAGUUGGGUUUUUAAUAGCCACAGAAAGGUUUUUAAUAGCCACUAUGCUGAAAGUCAUAGAAAUAACACAGCAAAUGAACUCAUCCAGCAGACAGAGAGCAGCUCCUCCUUGCCUUCCACAGCGAGCUCACAGGUUGGCUUGGGGAGGAGGGGGGGAUUUGUUGAUGCAACAAGGCAACACGUGCAGUGCAAAUGGCAGUAGAGCAGAUGGCCAAUUGACAAAAGUAUUGCUGUAGUACGACAUGCUCCUGCAUAUAUAUCUACUGUUAGUAAGUAAUGUAAAAAGUUCAACGCUACUAUUAAAGAUCCUGGUUUGUUGCCACAGCGGGAUGCUUUUAGCCACGGGAUUUUGAAAGCGUUUUGGCUGUGUAAGUGUUGGCAAACUGAAUGCUGUACAUUCCUCCAUUCCUGUCUCGUUCAGAGACGCCGGCAGUAGCGACAUUUCUGACUCCUCAUAUUCUCCAAAUUCUUUGCUGUGUCACUGUAAAUACCUUCCAGACUCCCUGCACCUUUUGCAGAUCAUGUUAAUGUUGGGGGGAGGGGGUGGGAAAUGAAGGAUUUUUGUUGGCUUUUUCACUGCGCUGCUCAUUCUGUUGAAAUAAAAGGAGGCUCUGUUGGAAAGGGGUUUUCCUCCUUCACCACUUCCCCAUAAGCCCAAUCCCUGCUGGCUGGCAGCUCUUGGGCAGCUCGUGCUCCCUGGGACAGCAUGGAGAGGGAUGCUGAGAAAGGAGUUGCUUUGGGGAUGGGGAAUGAGCUUCCUAUGCUCUGCAAACUGGUUUGGACAAAACAAAACCAAAGCCUCACAUCCCUGAGGUGGUGGUGGUCUGCCUUGCCAGUUAACCAUUGUAGGAAGUCUUUGAGCUAAACUCGGCAGCCAUGCUUCUGUCUUCUCCCAAAGAAGAUGAACGUCCUGCUUUAUAUCUGCAGCUGCAACACUUCUGUUGGUCCCUGGCUGUAUAUACAAGUCUGCCUGCUUCCAUUGUCAUAAAGAGUUUUUGACUGCUCUGUUCUGCCGACGGCUCUCCUCUUCCACGCUUCAUCCAUUCAGAUGCUUCAUAGCCGCAUGUGUGUGUUGCUCUUGUUCAUAGGAGAUGGAGAUGGAGCUCCUUCCAUGGCAGACGUGGCAUGGCACCGAGCCUACAGACAUCAGCAGUCAGAAGAUGAGAUGUGUUCAGCUUCGUUCUGUGGACUUUGAGACUUGUCAUAAAUGCUGGACUCUCUGUGAAGAAACAUGUUCCGCAGGACCUUUUGUUGGGUAUUUAUCCGAUAGAUCUCCAUGUUUGUAUCCUGUACAGACGGUAACCAUUUGAUCAGAGCCAUGGGGCAAAUAGAGAACUUAAAAUCCUGACUCCUGCCUUAAAACUCUCAGCUCAUCUCGAGCUCCAGAAAUUCUGCACCUGCCCAUCUCGAAGUCCAUUUCCUUAGGAAAUUCCAGUCCAGUUAAAAGGCUGGAGACAAUUAAAGCAAAAUUAAAACGAAUUAAUUCUUAGCUGAUGGCUUUAUUAAAAUAACUAACUGGUCUUGUCGUAAAAACCCUGAUUGUGCCUCUCAAGUCCAGGGAAUGUCCAAAAAGCGGAGGUGGCUUUCGAGCAAUGAUUGGAAUGACAGCAUUAACUGGAGGUUCGUAAGACACUCGCUUUCACAUGUCCUGAGCAAGAGACUUAGGUUUGUGUCCUCUCUGCCUCAUGGUAAUGGCUUUCAAAGAUGGCUGGUACCAUCAGAUUUGUACUUCUUGAAUAAAUCUCUUCAUUUUUAUGGUAAAAAA